AUUGCUUUGAAGUUUUUAAACUUAAGGAUUUCCAUUGUUCCAGUUUCGGCAGGUGAUUCAAUUGUAUCGAUCUCAACUGGUGCUAGUGCUUCGGGAACUGAAAAGUCUCAGCCAGGUGACAUGACUCUGCGACCAUCAUUCCGUUCUAGGGGUAACCCCUCCAAAGCUGCCAGUGCUUCUCGUGGAAGCGACAAGAACCAAGGAGGAUCGUUCCUUAUCUCAAUGAAGGAAGUUUUGGACGACGGAGGAUCUAAUCCUGUUGUCGAGACUACUCCAACUGAGGUUGUAGCUUGGGAUGCUGCUCCUCUCCCUGAGGUCCAGGUGCCGGAGGCUGACUACCAGGCUCCAAAGGGUACCUCUGAGGUGGAGCCGUCGAGACACAAGAGGCCCAGGACCGAUCAGGGCGGAGCUCCCACCCAUUCUUCUUCCUCGUCCUCUAGAGGAGGGACUGUUGGGUGGAGCUUUACCCAUUCGAAGCCUGGGUCGAUCCUGGACGACUCUUGGGGCCUAGCUGCGAUAAUGAGGCACCUGAAGAGCGUGGGAUGUCCCCUUCCAGCGCUCAAGGACCUGACUAACCGAGAUGAGUAUCUCGAUAUUGCUCACUGUAUGGGUCAGUUGGCUGGGGCUGUUAACAGGGCCCAGCUCAGGUUUGAGAAUGCUCUGUAUGCUGCCCCCAAUGCUGGUGAACUUGCUGAGGUUACCGAGAUGGUUAAGGCAGCCAAAGCCGACCUUGACCAAGCCCGGGUUCGAAUUUCUGAACUCGAAGCCGAAGUGACGAGGCUAGGCUCGAAGGCCGAUGCUCAGCAAGGAGAGAUCGAGAGUCAAAAACUCGAUAUCCAGGUGAAGAGCAGGAGGAUCAACGAUUCGGAAGCCGCUCGAAGGAUAGCUGAGCAUCAAGUACGUGAGCUCAUUGCCUCAUCCCAGGAUAGCCAGAAGAACAAGGAAGCUGAAGUCAAACUGGCUGUAAGGGAGGGGAAGAAAGAAGUUGCCGAAGCUUACGGCAAGAUCCUGGUCUGUGUUAAGGAGAAGUUUGCUAGGAAGAAAGAUGAGGUCAGCGCCUUGGUGUAUGCUCAGGAGCUCCAAGCUAAUGCCGACCUCUUGAAGGAUAUGCUGAACAACAAGAUCCAAAGCGUUGAAGAGGAGUACAACCAAUUGGUGGCCUUAUUACCAGAAGCGACAACUGCGUAUGAGAAGGCCCAAGUCCUGACUUCUCGGUCAGCAAGCUUCCUCUUCCCCAGAUCUCGGAGAGUUCAGCUCCAGUCGAGGCAGCUAUAGGAGGUGAUGGCAAUGUGGUCGAUGAGGGAGUUCCUGCCGGUGCUGGUGAUCCGAUUCAGGAAGAGGAGGAAGAUUGAGAGCUACGGCUCUUUUAGCUUCAUGUUUUGUGUUUUUAAGACUUCGGCCUAAGGGCUUUGUUUCGUUAUGCGUUAUGACUUAGUGCCUGAGGAGGCCUUUAAACCUUAACACUUGCUGGAUUUCAAUAACCUGGGGAGGCUUUUAAACCCUUUCUUAUGUUUAAAUCGUGGCUAUUAUUUCUGUUUUAAGUUUUUGAACUUAACCUCGUUUCAUUUAACCACAGUGAUUGUGAAUCUCAGAUGAGUUGUGUGCUGUCGUCGUUGAGUCGGAUUAGGACCUUUAGUCUUAACUUAUGAUAAGCAUUUAGCUUAAUGGAUAUUCGGUCGUGAUAACCUUAAAGAGAAGUUCUUGAUUUUAGCUCGGGGACCUGAGCCCGAUUCGAAAGGUUCUGGGACCUGGUUGUUCAGGUUCGUAGGAACCUGGAUUUAGAUUCAUAGAGACCUGAGUUAAUUCGACGGACUUCGAGGCCUUUGAAGUUUAACGGAUGGAAUUUGAGGAAUUUCGGGAUUUUCCUGAUUCUUUAGGAUUUUAAGACCUUUCGAUUUUGAUAAGGGUUUCAAGACCUUUUGGUUUUGAUUAGGAUUUUAGGACCUGGUUGAUUGUUAAGGAUUUUGCGGCCUUAGCAGUUGUCAAGGAUUUUAGGACCUUGUUGAUUGUUAAGGAUUUUAAGACCUUAGUUUAUGUUAAGGAUUUUAAGACCUUUGGGUGUAUUAAGGAUUUUAAGACCUUUUGGGUGUAUUAAGGAUUUUAAGACCUUUGGGUGUAUUAAGGAUUUUAAGACCUUUGGGUUCAGGUUUUCAGGGACCUGAAUGUAUUCGAGAUUGUUGAGCUUAGGUCCCGAUUUAGGGGGACCUAAAUUUUCUUGGAGGGUUUUAAGACCUUUGAUGUUUAUGAAACUGAAUCAAUCGUUUUAUUAAUAUCAGAUAUCGGAGAAUACAUGAUUCAGAUUAUUUACACAGUAACUAUUUUUAGGUUAAGUGUUCUUGGUAACACCUGCCCCUUUGGCUUAGGUGAGGAGGUUGGUGAGAAGAGGUUGGGGCUGCACUCAUGACGGAGUUGCCUACGUACCCAGUCAAGGGAUCAAGCCAAACGUAGUUCAGGGGUUUUAGGUACCUAAUGAUAGUAUCUUUUGAGGUUCGUGGCAUUCCACGAUCGGAUUUCAGGUACCCCGGUUCGUACCUUCUGGAGUUUGUAAACUCCUGGUCGUACUAUGUGGAUAAUUCGGUAGGGUCCUUCCCAGUUGGUUCCUAACUUUCCAGCUCCCGGUUCCUUUGUUCCUUCGAACACUUUCCUAAGCACUAGGUCCCCUAUGGCGAACUGUCGGGGCCUUACUUUGGAAUUGUAGUGUCGUGCCAUUGCUUGCUGAUAAUUUUGAAUGCGAAGCAAGGCUUGGUCUCGUCUUUCCUCGAUCAAGUCGAGGCUAUCCAUCAGGAGCUGGUUAUUAGCUGCGGGAUUUGAGGUGCAGAGCUCCCGUCUGAGGCUACCUGCGGUGGUUUCUGCUGGGACGACAGCUUCCAUCCCGUAAGCUAAGGAGAAGGGAGUUUCCUCUGUAGCUUUUCGUGGGGUGGUUCGGCAGGCCCAUAGUACUUCGGGUAGUUUUUCCGACCAAAGCUCCUUUUGGGCUCCUAGGCGUUUCUUGAGGUUUGCUAAAACUGAUUUGUUGGCAGCCUCCGCCUGUCCGUUCCCUUGAGGUCGCCGAGGUGAUGAGAAGGUGAGGCGGAUGUUCCAUUUAUCGCAGAAACUUUUGAAGUCGUGGGAUAUGAACCGUCCUCCAUUGUCGGUUACGAUUUCGUAUGGGACGCCAUGCCUGCAUACGAUGUUUUUCCAAACAAAUCCUUCGACCUCGAAUCUGUUUAUUUGUUAGAAAGCUUCAGCUUCAAUCCAUUUCGUGAAGUAGUCGGUUAGGACCAGGAGGUUUAGUAACUUCUUUCCUUUCCCUGAAGGUACUAAUGGACCUAUAAUGUCCAUAGACCACCUCAUGAACGGAUAGGGAGCUGAUAUGUUAGACAGCUUUUCCGCUGGUUGGUGUAUGAUCGGUGCAUGCCUUUGGCAUUUGUCGCACGAUGAGGAGUAGAUCUCACAAUCUGCGAUAAUGGUAGGCCAGAAGUAGCCUUGUCUUUUUAUUCGGAUGGCUAAGGCUCUGCCUCCGGAAUGGUUUCCACAGGAACCGUCGUGCAUUUCCUUCAUGAGUUUCAUAGCUACUAGGCCGUGAACGCAUUUUAGGUAAG